GGUCGCGACGCGAGGAGGAGUCAGUUGGUAGCGGCGCGUCGUCCCGGGCGCGAGGUGUCAGCGAUGUAUCGUUACGCGCGUUUACGCAGGUCGACGCAGGCCGUCGCGAACGGAGACGCGACGGUCUCGGUGCUCCUCUUUCGCGUAUGUCUUGUGUCGCUUGUGCUCGUGUGGCCACCGGUGUCAUGCCAGGAAAACAGUCUGACGAAUCGUAUGCGGGCGAUCAGCGAGGAUCUGGACCGACAGCUCAACGAGAUAAUGGCUUCGCAGGCGCUCACCUAUUCGACGAUCAACAUCGCCGGCUUGCCCUACAACGCCACCACCAAGUUCAAUCCGAAGGGCAUGGGCCAGCUGUACAACGUAACGAAUAUGUUCAUCGACUUGGUGCAGAGCAAACAGGCGUAUCCAGAAGGUAUGAUCACUGUGGUUGACGGUGCACCGGCUUUCGCGGACCCUCUAAAGGAAUGGAAGAUUAUAGUGACACAUUACGGAGGACUUGCGAGUCUCGCUCUGAUUGGACUUCUCUUAGCGGCUAUUCUCCCCUGCGCGGGUCUUUUCUUCUGCUGCUGCAGAUGCGCGGGGCAUUGCGGUGCUCGAAGCCAACCCUUCGAUAAAAAGCACGAUCACUGCAGGAAGAUUAUGCUCAGCAUUGUGCUAAUCGGAGUCGCUACUAUUAUAUUAUUCGGUGUGGUCUGCGCCUUCGUGACAAACGAGUACAUGCAGGAGGGAACCAAAGAGCUUCCAACUAACGCCAAGACUAGUCUGAAAGACGUCAAGCUCUACUUGACUACCACAAAGCAAGAGAUCGACAAUUUGCUCAAGACCAAUCCCGAGGAGUUGGAAGUUACGCUCAACAAUAUUCUGCAGGCCAGCGGCAAAAUCGUUACCGAGCAACUAGCGGAAUACUCGCAUGCCGUCUCCCUCACUAACUUGAAUGACAUAGUCGCCGGCUUGGAGUCGAUCAGAGAGGAUUUGAGACUGAUGAAUAAAAUAACUCAGGAUUUGCGGAUAAACGCCAGUCAAUUAGACAUUGUUGUUCGCGGCGUCAAGAAAAAUCUCCUUCAUACGCUAGCUGCAUGCACGACUGACAAGUGCCAACGAGUUCUUCACGACUACAAAGUGAAUCAAAUGUCGGUACAAGUGGAUUUUGAUAAGUACAUGGACCGUUAUUUCCCAAAGCUUCUAGCGUCUCUGCCAGACGUUACAUUCGCGUUGCAUAACAUCACUGUGCUCAUGGAGAGUAACAUAGUGUCGGAAGUGAGCCAAGGCAGGGAUUCGUUUCUAAAGAUCCAAAAGGAUAUUCAGCAUGCCGUUAAUCAGACGAUUCCCGUGGUCAGCGCGAGUAUUCGACGAGCUUGUAACUUUCUAGCGAGCAUCGCCAAUAACAUGACUGCCAUCAUCGACAGAAUAAAUGUCGAUAUAGAUAGAGUUUAUAUUCCGCAUUUAGAGGUUGCUCGGAACAAUAUAGAUCAGUAUUCGCCCUAUAGAUAUUAUCUCGGUCUUGGUAUAUCCGGUAUUCUUCUAACUGUCUUAAUGUGUUUGACGUGUGGUCUUCUUUGUGGUAUUUGCGGAAAGCGUCCGGAUGGAUAUGGAGAUGAUUGUUGUAACAAGGGAUCAGGUGCACGAUUUCUUAUGAUGGCUGUGUGGAUCAUCUUUCUUUUAACGAGCGUUCUGAUGGUCGUAACUGUCGUUCACAUGAUAACCGGCGUUAUGGCUCAACGUGGCAUAUGUGAACCUUUAAAGAAUCCAAAAGACAACAGAAUGUUUGAAUUGGUCGACGAUCUUGUGCAAAUCAAGAGAAUACUCUAUCCGAAAUAUCCUAAUGCGAAUAUUAACAUGAGUUAUAUUGUUACUAAAUGCCAUGAAAAUGAGACGCUUUACAACGUGCUGAAUCUGAAAACUAUAUUUGACGUUGAAAGUCUGCGCGAUUAUGCUGGGCGUUACGACAUCAACGACACCAUCCAACAAUUGCGGCGCAAGAUUAGCCUUUCCCCCGGUGUGGUGAUUCUGAAGGACAGUGCGAGAUCCAAGUUGAACGAUCUAGCUCAGAGCGGUCUCAGUGACAUCAAAUUUUAUCAAUAUGCCGAGUUGCUUGCCGAAAACAUCACGAAUAUUAACUUGGAACAUCUUGCUAAAAAAUUGCGAGACGUUUCCGCUAAAUUGCCAGAGGGCCAAGAUGAAAUCAGGCUCAGUCUCGAAAAGAAUGCGCACGACUUGGAGCACUAUCAUAGAGACUUGGUCAUGCCAAUGGCUAUGCUUAGCGAACAAUUAAGCGCAAACGCAUUGAUGCUUCAAGAGAACAUUAAAUUCAAUCACAGCUCAAUGGCAGACGCUAUUCACGAUCUAGUAGAUGAAGUUACUAAGGCGCAACAAUUUCUGAAUAAAGAUGGACCAGAAUACGUUCAAUAUCUCGCGACUAGAUUUGGCAAUGCGUUCUUACAUCAAGUGGAUAACUUUCUUGAACAUGUGAUUGCAUCUGCGAGUUUCAAGAUUGGCAGAUGCGCUCCCGUUUCGAAUGCUUACAAUGCAACGCUCGUAGCAGGAUGCAAUAAGAUCCUAGAUCCAUUUAACGGCUUCUGGGCGAGCGUCGGUUGGUGCUUGAUCCUAUUCAUACCAACGAUAGUGCUCUGUGUGAAACUGAGUGCUUUGUAUCAAAAGUCAGAUCCAUAUCCAGGACCUCUUGUCGAAGCUGAAUAUUUGUAUGACGCGUACGCAGACAGGGAUAACAUACCCCUCGCCCACGUUCACGACAAGAAGCACGUCUCCCAUAGCAGGCACCAUCAUCCAGCGGCAUAUGUCGAGAGCUACGACGGUCCGGCAGUGGGAUAUAGUGAACGUGAGAGAAUCCCCGACGCCCAUCAGAGUACGUCGCAUCACGAUUCGAGAUAUUCCGAUCUGGCACCGAAUUUCACCCUAUCGUGGCGAAACCACGAACAUAUCGCCCCUUCCAAAACAGAACCUCACAAUAAAGUCUUUAGCGUAUCACUAGAGUCGCAAAAUUGGGACUUUCCCAACGGUGGUCCGCCAAGGUAUCAACCAGCUGCCGGGGCUCCGCCUCCUUUGAGCACCGAAUAUGAACGACCGCCGCCCUAUUACUAUCCUGGACCGGGGGAUAGAAAUUAGGAAACAAGUACCGUGGCAUGCACGAAAACUGCACUGAACAGUGUGGCAACGCACAGCCUCACGCGCAGCUACAAACGAACGCUCAAGAAGAGAGACAAGCCAGGAUUUAAAAGAGACUACGUAUAAUACUUUGUUCCCGUUUGUUCCCGAGCGUGCCACGGUUUGUGCGAACACCAAAAGUUAAAUUAAAGACCAAGUUUGAUACAGACUGAAAUAGGCCAAUGAUCCUUUCGCGACGUCUUUCUUUUUUUUUUCCUUCUAUGGAGCGCUAAUGAUGUGUGAUCCGACGCGAAUUCCUCUUCAAGUAUUUGUGUAAGAAUAAUACUCGUAUGUUUCAGUAUCGCGGAAGGAACAUCGUUCUAGAUUAAUUCGCGAUUUGAUUCGAGGAUAUCGAGUCUCUUUGUUUCUUUUUUCUCGAGAGAUUAGAAACAAAGAACGUUGGCUAUUCAGUUUAGUUUACUCGAUAUUCAUUUUCAAGUAAUACAAGUAUCAAAUACUUGUAUCUCUUCGCAUUUUCUCUCAGUCAAAGUAAUCGUACAGCACACAGAUGGAACAAGAAAUCGAUGAAGAAGAAAUCAAAAGCCAACAAGUCGAGAAAAAAAUGGGGGUCCCUUUUUUUAACAUAUACCUAACAUAAAGACUGUGUGCGAAAAAAUGGAAAAGCUGCGCAUAUCUAAUCGGUCGAAUUAUAUAUAGCACAAAUUGUAUGCUGCCAAUCCAAUGCAUCGUUUUCCGUAAAAGGCAUCCGUUAUAUGUAUAUA